UAUCAUGGAAAAUUAUUUUAUCUACACGAUAAACGCCAGGACUAAUGAACCAAAACCCGUCAACUCAGCUCUCGAGCUUUGGCCGUUAGCAUCCGUGGAAGUACGCUACCUGCCAGCCCCAAGGUAAUCGUUUCCGACGUUUUGGUAACUAUAAUACGCACCAUCAAACGGCCGUGUGACCUCGCCAUGGCCUGCAACGAUAUUUACUAGGUAAGCACCUAUCAGCGUAGUAUCGCAUCAACCCCCCCCCCCCUCUAGCCACCUCCCUAAAAGGGCAAUAUGUGCCAACUCCCCACGAUGGCACGGGUAUGCAGCCAGCGCGUGCGGAGUAGAUUUAAUACUGCACGAGUUCUCCUAUCUACCUAUAUCUGGGGACAAUGCUUCAGCCUACUCCCUAUUCCCUACCUACCUAGAUAGAUUAUAUUUUGGAUUUUAGGAGGGGAGUAUUGGUAUUCACAUACCAUACACCCAACCCACCGUAAGGCGCAUAUCGCAGAACUCGCAUAUGCAGACUUAGGUACCUACCAAUGGCGGAUAUAGAAACAGGGUCCAAGAGGGGGGAGACGAAAGCGAACCAGGAAGCCGACGCGAUGGGGGACGACCUAAAAGCCUCGUCGCAGCAGCAGCAGCAAGAAAACCGCAACGUCGGCACGCUCGACCGGAGGCUCAAGUCGCGGCACGUGCAGUUCAUGGCGCUGUCGGGCGCAAUCGGCACCGGCCUCUUCGUCGGCAGCGGGCAAGUGCUCUCCCUCGCGGGGCCCUUGUCCACGUUCCUGGCAUACCUGAUCACGGCGCUCAACGUGUACUGCGUCGUGCACAGCCUCGGCGAGAUGGCGACCUACCUCCCGCUCCCGGGCGCGGUGCCGGUGUACGCGGGCCGCUACGUCGACGAGGCGCUCGGCUUCGUGCUCGGCUGGAACUACUGGUACCAGCUGGCGAUCGGGUGCCCCCUCGAGGUCACCGUCUCCGUCGUCGUCGUCGACUACUGGCCCAACAGCAUCCCCAAGGCCGCGCUCAUCACCGUCUUCUUCCUCGCCAUGGUCCUCGUGAACUGCUUCCCCGUGCGCGUGUACGGGGAGGCCGAGUUCGUCUUCGGCGCGGUAAAGCUGACCACCAUCGUCGGGCUGAUCCUGCUCAUGCUCGUCAUCACGCUCGGCGGCGCGCCCGGCGGGGAGCGCAUCGGGUUCAGGUACUGGGACGACCCGGGGCCGAUGAACGCGUACCUGGCGGCGGGGGCGGCGGGGCGGUUUCUCGCGUUCGGGAAGGUCUUCAUCCAGGCGACGUUCUCGUACGGCGGCAGCGAGAUGGUGGUGGUUGCGAGCGGCGAGACCGCGGACCCGCGGCGCAACAUCCCCAAGGCCGUCCGCCGCGUCUUCUGGCGCAUCGCGCUGUUCUACGUCCUCGCCGUCUUCCUCGUCACCCUGUGCGUGUCCUCGCGCGACGCCCGCCUGCUCGACGCCAUCGCGGCCGAGGCCCCGGGCGCCGCCGCGUCGCCGUUCGUCAUUGCCAUUGAGAAUGGCGGGAUCAGGGUCCUGCCGUCGAUUAUCAACGCGGUGGUGCUGACGUCGGCGUGGUCCGCGGGGAACUCGUUCUUCUAUGCGUCGACGCGCGUGCUGUAUGCUGCGGCGCUGGAUGGGAAAGCCCCGAGAUUCCUCAGGUACGAGAGGUGGGGCGUCCCGUAUGCGUGUGUGGCUGCGACGACGGCGCUGAGUCUGCUGAGCUACAUGAACCUCGACCACCAGGGCGAAGAGGUGUUCUUCUGGUUCUCCAACAUCUCGGCCGUCUCGACGCUGAUCGUGUGGGCGUCCAUCUGCCUGACCUACCUCCGCUUCUACCACGGCCUGCGGUAUAACGGGAUAUCGCGGGACACGCUGCCGUACAAAUCGCCCUUCCAGCCGUUCCUCGCGUACUUCGCGAUCUGUUUCUGUCUCGUGGUCGCGUUUUUUAACGGGUAUGAUGCCUUUUUCCCCGGCAAGUUCAGCGCGAAGACUUUCGUGCCGCCGUAUAUCGAUAUACCGAUCUUCGCGGCGUUGUUCCUGGGGUAUAAGUUUGUGAAGGGGACGAAGAUGGUUAAGCUGGGGGAUAUGGAUCUCUGGAGCGGGAAGGCGGAGGUGGAUCGGCUGGAGGGGACGUGGAAGGAGCCGGUGCCGAGGAAUUGGUUGGAGAGGGUGUGGUUUUGGAUUGCUUGAUAUUUACCUUGGCGAAAAAGAUUAUUUCUACUUUAUGCUCUUAAUUUCACUUCUUUGUGGUGAGGGAAGGUCUGAGUAUAAAGGGGUGAGAACGUUGUUCAUUGAGGAACUCAAUAACGACAUAAUAAUGCGUUAUAUGAUACUACCUACCGUAGGGGAAACCCCCCACCCCAU